UAGACAAUGAAAAAAAAAAGAGGCAAAUCUCUGAACCAUCUUUAUAUCAGUCGCUUUCGUGAAUUCAAAGCUGCUUCAUAUCCAUUUCAACGUUGAAGCUUCUAGAGAUUCGAUUAGGUUUUGAAUUUAAAGAAUCUCUAGGUUCAAUUGCUCUUUGUGAUCGGGGUUGAAUUCGAUUGGGUAUGGCUCAAGCUGUAGAAGAUUGGUACAAACAGAUGCCGAUUAUAACCCGGUCGUACUUGACGGCGGCUGUUGUCACCACCGUCGGAUGUUCGCUCGAGAUUAUAUCUCCUUAUAACCUAUACCUAAACCCUACUCUUGUGGUGAAGCAAUACCAGUUCUGGCGCCUCGUUACUAACUUCCUUUAUUUCCGUAACAUGGAUUUGGACUUCUUGUUCCAUAUGUUCUUUCUAGCUAGAUACUGCAAACUUCUUGAAGAAAACUCCUUCAGGGGAAAGACUGCUGAUUUCCUUUACAUGCUUUUAUUCGGGGCAACUGUUCUCACCGGUAUCGUUCUCAUUGGUGGGAUGAUACCGUACUUGUCUGUCUCUUUCUCAAAAAUCAUCUUCCUCAGCAACUCUUUGACUUUCAUGAUGGUCUAUGUAUGGAGCAAGCAAAAUCCUUAUAUCCACAUGAGUUUCCUUGGCCUUUUCACUUUUACAGCAGCUUAUUUACCAUGGGUGCUUCUUGGCUUCUCUGUCCUUGUUGGUGCAAGUCCCUGGGGGGAUUUACUGGGAAUGAUAGCAGGUCACGCUUACUACUUCUUGGCAUUUGUGUAUCCACGAAUGACUGAUCGACGACCCUUGAAAACUCCAUCUUUCCUCAAAGCCCUAUUCGCUGAUGAGCCUGUCAUUGUUGCACGGCCAGAAGAUGUGAGGUUCGCUCAUGCGCCCUUUGAUGAAAUCCACCAAGACUGAAUCUUGAUCGGUCCACAAGAAAACCAGCCACACAAACAAACAGUUAAAGUGUGUUCAGAUAAUGUUCAGAGGGCAGAUGAUGUACUCAUUCAUUGGCUCUUGAUCUAUUGUGGAAGUUUUUGUUAGUUUUUUUUCUCCAUGUCUGACGUACGUAUGUGUGUUUACCUCAUUGUGCAUAUAUGAAGGCAAAUUGUGUACAAA